AUGAAGGUGAUAGCAGCCUAUUUGUUAGCCCAAUUGGGUGGCAAUUCUAGUCCAUCAUCUGAUGAUUUGAAGAAAAUCUUGAAUUCUGUUGGAGCUGAAAUUGAUGAUGUCAAAAUUGAACUAUUAUUGUCACAAGUUAAAGUUAAAGGCAAAGAUAUUAAUGAAUUAAUUGCUGCUGGUAAAGAAAAAUUGGCUUCUACUUCUUGUCUGUCUUUUGGAUGUGUUGCAAAUAAUGCUAGUGUUGUCGUUGAUGGGGGACAAGUUAUUGUUGUUGAAGAGAAAAAAGCGGAAAAGAAAGUUGAGAAGGAAGAAGAAUCUGAUGAAGAAGAUUUCAAUUUCUCUCUUUUUGAUUAG